AUGGCUGACUCGAUUCAAGAUACCGAUCAAGCAGUUGAAGUUGGUAUCAACGCUACAAUCAAUACACAGAGUAUCUUGCUCAAACGGAAUCCUCAUUUGCGUGAAAACAGUCAAACGUCGUCUCCUGCGGGUUUCGGAGGUCUCGGUGCACGUCAAAAUGUCCUAAAACAAUUAAUGACUCCAGGCUCCGCGACGUCUGCUUCGUCAUUUGAAGAAGGCGCGUCGUACGAUGGAUUAUUUGAUACUGGUACCCCAGCGUCGGAUCGAGGUUCCAUGACCAAGUCAACUAGGACGGAAAAGAUGCCAAGGCUGACCAAACAACCGACUAAAAAGUUAUCGUCUCCAAGUCGAGAGUCUCUCAUGAGACGUCUCGUGAAUGAUGAAGAAAAUUCUUGUCGAGUUGAUGGAGAGGUAGACGAUUUUCUUCCUAGUGCCAUACUUGACAACCUUGUGGUCAAGCGUGUGCCAACCAUUUAUGCCGAAGAUGAAGCCAAAGCUUUGUCGACCUCAAUACCCUCGUCAACAUCUCCGUCGGCCAAGCUGACACGACGGAUAGUGGUGCCGCCACGCAAAAACAUGCGGCGUGUUGUGGUACGUAGCACUGGUGCAGAUGGACAAACUCAUGAACAAGUACGAUAUAUGGAAGCUGACGGACAAGUUGUCCAACAAAGUGGCAAUGCUGCUGAAGAUGUGACGGACGAGACCUCAACAAUUUCUGUAGGAAGAUCGACAAUUACUGGUUAUGCUUCAACACCGGCGAUGACUCUGCGACGUGUUGUAGUCCGUAAAACUGGAGCGGACGGACAGGUCCAUGAAGAAGUACAAUUUGUGGAUGUUAAUGGAAAUGUCGUUGACGGUGAAGGGGUCGCUCUUAAUGUCACGACAAGUACUAUGACCCCCACGCCGGUCACCACACAGCAAAUCGUAACACCAAGGAAACUGACGCAGCGUACUUUGCGUCGUACUGGAGCUGACGGCCAAGUUCACGUACAAGUGCAGUAUCUUGAUGUCGAUGGAAACAUCGUACGGACGGAAGGUGAAGAUUUUGAUAGUAUCUCUGGCUCGUCAGCAGUGACAAGACGAAUUGUUACCCCCGGCAAGACCACUCGACGAGUUGUCGUUCGUAGGACGGGGGCGGAUGGUCAAGUUCAUGAAGAAGUGCAGUACAUGGAUGCGGAUGGCAACGUCGCUCAAAGGAACGGGACUGCACUGGCGACGACUAGCGGAAGCGCUACAAAUGUUUUUAGUUCCGGCCGCACUACGAUAACUCGACGUAUCGUGUCACCCGGACAGACAUACGCUAGUAUCGAUAGCGACAUGUUACCGCCAUUUCGUUUGGACGGCACUAGAGACUCGGUCGAACAGCAUAUCGGCGGAGAUGGACAGACGUUUGAAGAUGAAGGUCGCUCUUUUUCGAGCGUAGGGAGCUUCUCGGGUAGCGUCAGCAGUGUCACGAGUGAUACUUCCACUACGACUUCCUCUCGACGCAUUGUUACUCGUCGACUGAUGACAUCGCCAAACACAGUACCGGCAGUGCAUCGCAGUCUUGUGCACAAAGCCGGCUCCAGUUCUGACGCCCAAUAUGAAGAAGAUGUGCAGUAUGUGGAGUCGAAAGACGGCGAUCUCACUACCAAAGUCGUUACUAGUCAGAAUGGUCCAGGUCGUCGGGUUACUACUCGUCGGGUAGUAACCCCACAACGUGUGGUUCGGCGCAUGGUUAUUCGUAAAGGAACUGCUGGCUCAGGCACAGAAGCUGUGAACGGAUCGGUUAUCGACGCGGGUUCUGCUCAGAACGAAGACAACGCUAGCAGCGACGAAUCGCUGGGUGGAUCUAGUAGUGGCCGAUACUCCGUGUCGGAUCGAACCGUGAUUCCGUCAAAAACUCGACGAGUAAUUUCUCGUACAGCAUCUCCUUCCGACAAGUCGCAAAAGAAUCUCGAUGAAAUUACUGUGACCGAUGCAUCCCUGAGCGAGAAAUUUGAGACCACUACGAGCUUGAGUGAUGAGGAGAACGCGUCUUUUUUUCGAUCACGUGACGGAUCUACUUGCACUAGUGCAGCAUCUAAAAGAGCUGACGUUGACAGCACGAAAGUUGAUGGUGACAGCCAGGAAACGCUGAAGGCUAGAGUUGUAGCGACUGUGGCUGGUGCUGCUGUCACGGCGUCUGCUGUCGAUGGCGAUAGUAAUAGCUUUCAAAAUGAGAUUGAGGGAGUGCUUGCUGUUGAUGAGCGAGCUACGACGGUAACAAACGACAUUGCUGAAGCUGAAAAGGACGAAGAGCCAUUUGUUGUUGGUGGAUCCUGGAAGAUAUUCGGUAAGACGGAAACGAAAAUGGCUUGCUCAGAGGCAUCAUGUAGCGACGAUAAAGAACCAACUACAUCAAAAUCGGUUGUUGCCCCACACAAUGAAAAGCUUGUCGAUGUACCUGAAGCUGCCAAGGCUGACGCGUCCAAUGUGGUUGCUGACUUUAAUCGUCAAAGCGAGCCUAAGCUUUCUUCAUACCAGAACAGUGAUACUGUCGCUGAAAACCCACGCGUUAGCGAUGUACCUAAGACUUCUGACGUAAUCGCUGAUGCGUCGAUGAUGGCACCAAUGGAAGAAUCUUCACAGGGUCGUAGCGAUUCAACCGUGGACGCUCUUGUGUCACAAUAUAGUGGAGUCAGACCGUCGUUUGCGGCCCGCGAAGCCCCCCAAAAGCUACCGACACCUGAAGAAAACGAAAAUGAGCAAACUGCUGCGCUUCACGAGAUCAGUACUCUGCAUGAAGACAAGACACCCGUUUUACCUGCUGAAAACGUGAGCGUUGAGGUUCCGGGGCCCCACGCAGCGACAAAGUCGUUUGUUGUUUCGCCAGUGUCUCCACGUGAGAACGACUUUGUUCAAUUAUCUGCAGUUAUUGGUGCGGCAGGAGUGGCAAGUGUGGUGGAGAAUGACCCCAAAGAGCCUGAACCUUACUCUUCUACUGAUCUUGCGAAGACUGCAGCUACUUUAGAAGAAUCUCACGCCGCAGUGGCAACCACUGAAGAGGAUGUAUCAAAUAUGCCGGACCGAAAGACUAAGCGUAGCUUUUGGAAGUUGUGGGGCCCUAACAAGUCUAAAGCUUUUCGUACUGAAGACGAGAAGCUUCGUGACAUGGGUGAACGUGAGGAAAGUUGUGUUGCUGCUGGCGCUGAAAUGGCUGACAAGAUUGGAUCGCCUGUCAUACACGAUCAAGGUGCUGUUGUUGCGUCUCCGCUAGCUGGUAUAGCACGGCUGGCACAUACAAUAGUUGAAGUAGAGGAAGGACUUGAGCCGGGGCACUUGGAUUACAAUACUGCUGCGUCUGCGUUCGACAUUACCACAGCUGAUGAUAGUAUUGUGUCUCCAGAGUCUCAACAGUUUGAAGAGCGUAAAAACUCUGGGCGCGAAGAGCUCAUGGAAGUUAAGCCUGAGCGAGCUGGUGGUUUGUGGGGUUUCUUCGGCAACAAGUCCAAAUCUGCUGCAGUGAUGACCUCUCUUAGCUCAAGUAAUAAAGUCAGCCGGGUCAUCGAAGGUGAAGACGACAAGAUGACACCCGACAUAACUACACAUAACAACGAGAUCGCCGCAGUUGAUCAGGUAGAACCUAUCCGCCAUUGCAUCCAGUCCGAUAGCAUUUUGACGAAUGCUGCUGCUCCUGUGGCCUCAUGUGGAAGGACUGUCCGAGACAGUGAACGCCGUACGACCGAACUCAUUGAUAGCAUUGAGCCUGAUAUCGAAUUGGACAAUCACUACGUUAGCAUUGCAAGUCCUCGCCGAAGCAGUCCACCCGAUGAUUAUGAAGUAUGGACUGUCAAGCCUUGUUCAUUGGCGUGGAGCAACCUUUGCCUGAAUCGCAAAAGCUGGAAGACUUUCUUGGCGGGUACUGCAUUUUCAGGUAGCGAUGAAUUUGUGCUGAAAGAUGUAAGUGGAACGGUGAAGGCUGGUGAGUUCUUGGUCAUUACGGGCCCGUCAAGGGAUGAAAGUCUUGCUCUGAUGUCUUGUCUUGCCGGGUUUGAAGAUGCCAUGGAAGGCAAUGUGACGGUCAAUGGCCACGAAUGGAGUGAAAAGAUGAACCACUACACUGGCUACGUUAUGCACGAAGACUUGUUCUAUGAGACGUUGACCGUGCAGGAGCAUCUAAUUGCUCAAGCUCGCCUUCGUAUGCGCCGCACGCACACGGAUGAGAUGUGCUUGAAGCGAGUGGAGCAUGUCAUUGCGGAGAUGUGCCUCUCCGGUUGCCGUGACAAGUUGAUUGGUGGUGGUCUUUUGGUGCGUGGAAUUACCCGGAGUGAGCGGAAGCUACUCGCCCUUGCUACAGCUCUGCUGACUAACCCAUCGAUUCUUUUCGUUGAAGAACCCACUGACAAUUUGGACACCUUUGGCGCCGAGAAACUUGUUGCCAAGCUGCGUUGGCUUGCAUUCGAGAAGGGAUUGACAGUAAUCGUGACCCUGCAUCACCCGUCCUCGCACUUUUAUAGGCUUUUUGACGUGCUGUACUUGGUUGCUGACGCCUCAUGUGUGUAUGACGGCAAGGCGGCUGAUUGCAUUGCUUAUUUUUCUGCGAUCGGAUACCAGUGUCCGGAGUACAUGAGUCCAAUCGACUACUUCAUGCUUCAAAUGGUCGUUGGCGAUCGAGAAUCUGAUAACGAAGGUGUGGCUCGAGUCGAUGCACUGAAGCGCGAAUGGAACCAGCGUAAGGCUGCAAUAUAUGCUGGGAAUCCUGCUCAUGUUGCAGCAAUGAGUGAGGAUGUAGUCGUGGAUGAGCACGACCAGAAAAACUGCUACAACCGCAUGGGGUGCUGCGGUCAGCUAUGGCUCUUGUGGGAUCGCCACAUUCGUCGACUUUCACGCUAUGGGUUUGUGUUUCAAUGGCACUUACUGGCUGCGCUUUUGAUCGGCGUGGUGUUUGGACUUGUCUAUCUCCAGAUUGAUCUUAAGGACGAACACGGAAUCCAGAAUUUUGCCGGUGCCUUCUUCUACCUAGUGGUGGUGCAGAUGCUCUUCGCCGCUUACCGGACUUUUGUGUUUAUGCCGCGAGAGACUGCUAUCGCCUUGCGUGAACGACAAGAGUCUUGCAGUGACGCGUACUCGAUGACUCUGCUGUGUUGGUACUUGACCAAAAUCGUUGCGGAACUACCAGCCCUCAUCAUCCUUUCGAUCGUGCUGUUUGUGCCAGUAUUUUUGCUCGUCGGUAUCGGCAACGGCUUCAUGAUGUAUGUCUACAUGCAGAUCGUGAUGGUGCUAGCUGGAUGGACUGCUGUUGGCUUGGCUUUCGCAACUCUUGGUGUUCUACGCCAUGUUACGCUUGCUCUCUUCGUGUACACCAUACUGUUGAUGCUUUUCGGUGUGUUUGGUGGUCUCCUUAUCAACGUGACAGAUAUUCCCGACUGGUUCGUGUGGUUGCACUACAUCUCGCCUAUCAAGUACAGCUACGAGUCCAUGAUGAAGAUCUUUUGGAAGCGUGUCGACAAUAUUGAUUGUGAUCGGACUCUGAAAGGCUGCAUCGCUUUCACUGGUGACGGCGUGCUCGAAUACUACAGCAUGGAGAAACGGUCGGUAUUGAGUGACUCGUUGAUUCUGCUGGUCAUUUGCUUGUCUCUCUUCUUCGUAGCGUUCUGGUUCCUUUUGGCACUCGCAAACAAACGUAUUAGCAGGAUGCAAUGGCGCUAUGACUGGGACUUUAAGGGGCCACUGGGCCACCGCCAACAGCGAAUCGCUAGUUCUGUUAAGAGGAAGGCUGCCACGAAAAGCAGUAUGCACCACAUCAUUGACCAAAAGAGCCAACAUAACUCUUCCGCUGCUGCGGAACGCAGUAUUGUCGUCGAAACAGGGAAUCACUACAUUUCCGUAGAGACUCCGCGUGCUGGUGGUCGUGGAAUUUGUGAUGCACCGAGUAUGACUCUGGGCUGGAGCAGCUUGUGGCUGAAAGCUCCAAUUGACAAGAAGCCGAAGAGCAACAGUGACAUGCAGCAUUUGCUUUGUAAUGCUAGCGGAUCGGCCAAGUGCGGAGAGCUGGCUCUGAUUACAGGUCCUUCAGAUGACUCGAAUGUGGCGCUGUUGGAGAGUCUUGGUGGGCUACGGAAAACGAUGGAUGGAAAAGUGACGCUCAAUGGUGUUGUAUCAGCAGCAUUAAAGCUUUCACACCACGUUGCGUACGUGGCUCGUGAUGAUCUGUUUUACGAGACGUUGACCGUGGAGGAACAUCUUUGCUUUCAAGCUCAGCUGGUAGCUGGCAACCGCUCAAACGAAGGUUGUGGCUUGUGCUGUGGAGCUGACACUAGCGAUGUGGAGGCUGAACGAGUGGAACAGGUUCUUGACGAUUUGGAAUUGACUUCAAAGCGUCACAUUCUCAUUCGGUACCUGUCAAAAGAUGACACUAAGCUACUCGCUGUCGCGACUGCUCUACUGGAUAAUCCUUCGGUUCUUUUAGCUGAGGAACCCACAUGUGGUAUGGACUUCUACGCGUCACAACGCGUUGUUUUAAAGUUACGCCAGCUCGCUCGUAGAGGACGUACCGUCGUGGUGACAAUGACGCACCCGUCGUCGCAUUUGUAUGCUCUGUUUGACACAUUGCACCUUCUUGCAGGUGGAGCUGCGGUUUAUCACGGCAAGGUGAGAGAGGCAGUAUCAUAUUUCUCAUCACUUGGGUACCAAUGUCCACAGUACAUGAGCCCUGUGGAUUACUUUGUUCGUCAAGUUUCUGCUCGAAAGAACGACAACGAGACGGGUGAUGUUCAGGCUGCACUCUUUAAGGAAGCCUGGUCUACUCGUUACUCGGAGUUGUGCCUCGCCGACAAUAUGGACGAACCAGAAUCACAAGAUGGAGAGGUUUUUGGUCGCCUCCGUGUUAGAUGGUGUGACCAGCUUUUGCUUCUGUUCCGACGCCAUAUUCUUCGGCUUGCACGAUACCGUGCUGUCUUUGGAUGGCAUUCGUUCUGGAUGAUCGUUGCAAGCGUGAUCUUUGGUCUCAUUUUUCUGCAACUUGAUCUAGACGACCAGCAAGACAUUCAAAACUGGGCUGGUGCCUUCUUUUUCAUGAUCAUACUGCAAAUGCUAGUGAUGGCGUACCGGACGUUUGUUUUUCGUCCUCGUGAAAUGGCAAUUGUCGAACGAGAGCAUCGCACUGGAAGCUACUACCUCGUAUGCUGGUAUUUGACGAAAGUGUUGACUGAGCUGCCUGCAAUGCUGGUUUUGUCAGUGCUGCUGUUUGUACCUGCCUACUUGCUAAUUGGUAUCGGUCACGGCUUCAAGUUGUACAUCUACAUGCAGAUUGUGAUGUGGCUAGUAGGUUGGAAUGCCAUAGGCUUGGCUAGUCUACUGCUUGAUGUUUUUCAUCAUGUACGCGUUGCUCUGAUCGUGUACGUGUUUCUACUGAGCCUUUUUGUGAUCUGCGGUGGUCUACUACUCAAUGUUGACGACGUGCCCAACUACUUCAUUUGGCUACACUACAUGUCACCGGUAAAAUACGGCUACGAAGCUUUGAUGAAGCUCUUUUGGGGCCACAUAGGAUUUCUCGCUUGUGGUGGUAGCGAUGGCAGUGGAAGUGAGAAUGAUGGCGUUAUGCUGGCUACAGUGGGUGAUAAUAGCUAUGGGUCUAGCUCAUCCAAGGACGAUGAUGGCUGCAUUGCCCACUCUGGGGACGAAGUACUGACUUACUACAGUAUGGACAUGACCCAUAGCUCUCGCAGCGAUAGUUUUAUCUUGCUGGAGCUGACACUGCUGUACUUUUCCAUUGGUUGUGCCAUUCUAUCUCUACGCUGGUAUCGAAACAAACGGCACUGA